AUGGCAGAGAAUCAAGCAGGAAGCCAUGUGCUUGCCAACAUGGCAACAGUAUCAGCUCCUUCUGAGUUUAAUUUCUCCCUUCCAGGAUCAUGGAAUCAGUGGAAAAAGAGGUUACAAAGAUAUAUGUCGGUUAGUGGUUUUAUAAACAAACCAGAAGCUGAAAAAAUUGAUAUGCUAGUGUAUCUAAUGGGGGCAGAAGCAGAGGAAAUUAUAACUCAAUUUAAUCUAACACCCGCACAGCAAGUAUAUAGUAUUAUUAUCGAGAAGUUUGACGCUCAUUUUAUACCCCAAAAGAACGUAAUAUUUGAACGAUUCAAGUUCAACACACGUAGUCAACAGCCAGGGGAGUCGGUGGAUGCAUAUAUCACUGCACUUCAUAGCCUGGCAGAGCAUUGUAGUUAUGGGGCUCUAAAAGAUGAGUUAAUAAGAGACCGCAUAGUAGUAGGAGUUUUAGAUGUAAAAGUAAGUGAGAGGUUACAACUCCAAAAGAACCUAACAUUAGGGGAAGCUGUAUUAACAGUACGUCAAGCCGAGCUGCAGAAUUCUCAAAACAGGAUUCUUAGGCAAGAACGAGUACAAGAAGUAGCUACGGUCAAUGCACACAGAGGUAACUACUGGUCACAAUCACAAGCAGAACCAAAUAAAUAUGGAUAA